AAUAUGAAGUUUCAUUUUUAAAUCAGAUUUGGCAAGAAAAAAGAGGAUAAAGGUGUAAAAAGUGAUCAGAAGGGGAACUCCAAACAAGUCACACUGAAAGAAGUUGACCUAGAAAAGAGGAAGGAGGAACGGGAAAGGAUUGGUGCAAAACAUCAAGAACUCCGUCAGAAGCAGAUCAGGGGACUUGCUGAAUAUUCCACAGUUCCUAUGGGAGCCCCGCCUGAUCUUGAUGAUGAUGACACAGACCCAAAUUAUGCACGAGUGAAUCACUUCCAAGAAGUAUAUCCAGUUAUCAAUUCCUACCAUCUUUCUUGUCCAUCUGUUUCUGAAGCUUAUGGUGGGUGCAAUAAUCCUACAGCACCUCUGGACAGGGACCACUUAGAAGGAUUAUAUGCAAGGAUAAACAAGCCAUCCCAUCAGCAUGCUCCUGUUGAGAGUGAUCGUCCAUCUAUUGGAACUGCUGAUCGCAUCCAGAAGUUACGGAAAGAGUAUCAUCAGGCAAGGAGAGAAGGUGUACCUUUAUAUGAUGAAGAGGAAGGUAGAUCAGAUUAUGAUCAGCAUUGGGUGUCUGGAAAGGGUCCAGAUGAGACUCCACAUCACCUCCAGUUUGAAGGCAUAGAAAGACAGUAUCCCUCUUUACCCAGGCAUGGAUCUGUAGAACCAAUGGAAUAUUUAACAGGGCUACGGAUAGCAAACAAAGAAAGAGAUCUUCCCUACCCUCCUGCAAGCCAAUCUGCAGUUCAUCCCUCCAAAGGGAGCUACCUUCAUCCACCAGAUGGCCCAAGAGCAACAGAGUUACGGUAUUCACAGUAUUUUCCACCACAGCCAGUAAUUCAUCACAAAAGACCUCUCCGUCAAGAUGUACCACCAUCGCCACCACAAGGCCACAGAGCUCCACCUUAUAAUGAGGUGGCCAGAAUAGAACACCGACAAAGCACUCCUGAUCAGUACCAAUGUAGGUCUCAAGAUCCAAGGCAGAAGGACUCUGUGACUGCAGCUGUAUAAUUGAAAGCUGGACUGUUGUUGAUAUUUUUUUGUUGACUUCAUCUUACAGUUAGUCCCUCAGAAGUCAUUUCUGCACUAUCAACCUAUUGCAUAUACUAGAGUCACCCACCCAUUAUUUUGCCAACAAACCAGUAAUAAAGACAAGCUUUAUAUUUCUUCAGCACUGGCUGGGUGAUGCUAUGAAGAUGCUAUAAGUCAUUAACUCUGGCCAUGUGAUCAGAACAUGUACUGUAUUGCUCAUAUAAAUGGUACAUGUCCUUUAAGUAUUGAAGAGUAAGAGAGUUUUUUAAAGUGCUUAAACAGGAUGGUAGUACUCAGCAGUAUUUCUAUGCACAUCACAAAGUGUCACUCAGGGCUAUUUGCACACAGGCACAAAAAAGAAAGUCAAAUUGUCUUGGAGAGAGGGGGAGAGAAAAUGAUUAUAGAAACGGCACAUAAGGGUACAAUCAGGAUGCAGGUUCUUUACUAAGACUUCCUCUGAACUGAAAAUUUGGAAAUAUUCUGCAGUAUCAUUGAAAUGUAUUCCUUUCAAAGUAUGACCUGGAACUUGUUAUUGUCCUCAUCUCUGAAUCCUUUAUUAAUAUUCUUUUCAGCUGCUUACAAGGAUGCUUCAGUUCUGAAGCCAUUUUUCUCCUCUUCUUUUCUCUGUUUUCUAAUAACAAGAGCAGAUGGACAAAUUUAAAAGAUGCCCAAGAGCACCAUACAGUGUUGCAUUGUAAGGUUUCUGGAAGGAAAUACAAAAGGGCUCAGUAUGUAAUUUCCUACCUCUGAUUUCACAACUAUUACAAGAUUGAGUUCAUUUCUAUGCCAGUAUAUUGAUGUGUGUGGAUGACUAGGUGUCUUUAUGUCUUAAGAGAGCUGAUUCUCCAUUGAUACCAAUGGAGCUUGUACUUAAUAAUUAUAUAGUAGGAUGCAGUUAUCAGUUUAUGCUCUGGUGAUAUUUUACUACUAUUUGUUUCCCUAGUCACAACUCUAAAUCAAAAAGAUUGCAAGAUGUCUGUGGAAUAUUGUGUUUUUAGGAACUCAUUUUUGCUAGACCACCAUCCUUCCUCAUGGCCCUAUCAGAAAACAAAUUAUUUUCAAUCACUUGGGUAACUGUUAGACUGCUAUUUGUUAGUUAUUUGUUUAAGUCAACUGUGCAAAGCAGCCCUUGUCUACUCCUAGAGGGCUUAGCAGAGGAAAGGUUUGUUAAAUGCCAAGGAUUACAGUAUUUAGAUCUUUGGGGGCGUUGGAGAAUUCUAGAUUUAAAAAGGAGAAAAAAGAAAUAAUAAUAGUAUAAUUAUCAAGUGAGAGAUCUGAGCAUAACGCAGGUUCCACUGAGGUAGAAUCAUGGUAGGAAUAUCCAGAAUGGAAGAAAAGGGUGAGGUGUCAAAAAAUCAAAAUGGCAGCUGCAACUGAACAGUCAAAGCUACCAUUUUGAUAGUUUUUACCUCUUGUCUCCAUGGAUGCCCUGAAUCAUAGUGUACUGUAGUUGUGAUGAAUGUGUCUAUAAGAAAAGAAGGGAAAUGACAAACUUUGCACACUU